AUGAGAAUUCGACGUCGGUUGUCUAUUAACACUGCAGAAAUUUCGACAUCUAGUAAAGCGACUCUCUCAGACGAGUCUUUUAACCCUAUUAAGCGUGGUCGCAAGUCAAAGGGCCUGAGAGAUCUUAAUACCUCGGAUUUUGAGGCUAGUUCCAUCCCUUCCAAAAGACGCUACACUUUAAGAAAAAAAAUUCCUAUAGAUCUUGAUGUACCAAGUCCUUCCAAACGUCAUCUCGAGCGUCAGGUUAGUGACGACACAGAUCCAUCCAAGGUGGACAGCACCAGUGGGCUUGAAGAUUCAUCGUCAUCUAAGCCGAAGCAAUACCGAGAUUUGGAUGGACGAUUCAAAGGUCGUCGCACCAUCGGAAAACGUACUGUUUUUUUGGUUUCGCGCUUGCGGUCACUUGAAAAUGAACGUUUUCAAAACGAGUCUCAGGAUGCGGACCCGAAGGAAGAUAAAAAUGUCCAAAAUCUUGAUCAUACUGCCAUCAGUGCUAUAGAAUCUCCCCGGCGUCUUCGCCCUCGCGACUCAUCAGUGGCACCUAUUUCAUACUCUUUUAGGGUUUUGGAGAAGCGCAGUGAAGUGUUUUCGCAUCAUUUUGAGGAUCGUACACACUCAAAGCCCACUAGAAAUGAGGAGGUGGGGGAGGAUGAUGGCGAUGAAGACGACGCCACCGAGGAAGGUGAGGAGACUCCAGGUGGACGCCGGUAUCCCAUGCGAAAUCGCCGUCACCCUGAUGUCUACCAAGUUGCUCCAAAAAAGGUGAAUGGAACGUCUCACAGAGAUUGGCUAGCUGGAACACCAUACAGGGAAAAUCGAAAACGUGGUCGCCAUAGGGAUCAUUUACGUCACCACAACGACAACUUCUCUUCGUCCACUGGCUCUCUCUCUAUUGACGUCGACGACGACGAGACAGGAGGGGAAGGCGAACAGAAGGGUGGAUCCUUUGUUCACCAGGGCUACCACAGCCGCCGCCGUCGUCUCCACCGCCGCCCUUCGAGUCACCAGGAUGACCUGCACCAGUCCUCCGCCUUCAUGAAGUCCUUCCUGCGACAGGCAGCUGAGGGCCUCAUGCCGAUUAACUUUAAGCCACAGGACCUCACGUUAAAGAUGGCUAUCGCCCAGCUCCUAGUGGUUACACUGCUCAGUGACAAACUGAUGAACCAGUACCUUCGUGAAAUUACUUCGGGACCACUUCGUAGCCGUCUUGUUGCCGGAGCUGGUUUAACCGAUAUUGAGCCCAUGAACUUCGAUACUGGAGUGACAUUCGCCGACGUAGGUGGCCAUCAGGCGCAAAUUAGGGCCCUGCAAGAGUCCGUCCUAUUGCCUCUUGUCUACCCUGAGGUCUUCAACAGCUUCGGCAUCGAACCCCCUCGUGGCGUUCUCUUCUACGGCCCCCCGGGAACCGGAAAAACACUGCUCGCUCGGGCCCUAGCCAAUGAGUGCAGCCGAAUGACAGCUACCGCGGCACGUCCCUUGGGAGCCAGCGCUCCCGACCAGGCAGGCUCCCUGCCCGCCAACACCGCCUCUCGCCCUAUCGCCUUUUUCAUGCGCAAAGGCGCCGACUGCUUGUCUAAGUGGGUUGGUGAGUCGGAGCGGCAGCUACGGAUGCUCUUCGACCAAGCCUACCGCAUGCGGCCUUCGAUAAUCUUUUUUGACGAACUUGAUGGGCUUGCACCCGUGCGAUCAUCCCGACAGGACCAAAUUCACUCGAGCAUCGUGUCGACUUUGCUGAGCCUAAUGGACGGACUGGAUCGGCGAGCGGAGGUAGUGGUCAUCGGCGCGACCAACCGUCCCGACGCCAUAGAUCCAGCUCUUCGUCGACCGGGCCGUUUCGACCGGGAAUUCGCUUUUUCCCUCCCCAACGAGGCGGUGCGGCGCAGGAUUCUCGAAAUCCAUACCUCCAAAUGGAAGCCCGCUCCCUCCCCUUCGGCAAGUGUAUUUCCGCUGGCAGAUUUUCUUGGGAUCUCGCGUUUGUGUCUGUUGCUGGACGAGUUGGCUGAGAAGACAUCAGGCUUUUGCGGGGCGGAUCUGAAGGGUCUGGCCACGGAGGCCUGUCUUUGUUGUCUCAGACGCCAGUAUCCGCAGGUGUAUGAGAGCAAAAUGAAAUUGGCUGUCAAUCUCAAGUACCUGGUUGUUGAUCGCUUGGAUUGGCUGGAGGCUCUCCGGCUAAUCAGACCAGCCAAUCUCCGCACAGAGUUGGAUGUCGGCAGCGCCGGGUCAGCCUCCGCAGCUGCUUUAGCGUCGACCCUGCGUCGACCACUAGUUGAAGGAACACCAAACCAAUCGGAGGGCCCGACGUUCCACCUGCUCGAACCAAUCGUAGAUCAGCUGACGGCGCGCAUCGCACGCGCACUCUCUGGUGCCGAGGCCUGCUCGUGUGUGCGCGACGCGGCUGCGGAUGUGAUGCUAACCUGGGACAGCCAUCAGACACCAGUCACUGUCUCCCCUAUGUUGGUUAGGCAGGUGGUCGUCGAAGAUAACUUUCUUCCAUCGUGUGUAUUCCCCGCGGUUUGGCGACGGCUUGAGUCUGUAGAGGUCUACACAAUCAACCUCUCAAGCCUCUUCACAGCUUCGGCGUCGGGCGAGGCCUGUGUGGUGACGUCGAUUACGCAAAUCGUGGCCGCCGCUCGUCGAACCCUCAUUAACCAACACAGGCAACCCUGCGCCACCGCCUCCCCUUCAAUUCCCCUCUCAAGCCUCCUUGGGGUGGUGCUUUUUGUGCCCCGCAUUGAUCGCUUACUGGCACGUCUUCCGACUAUCGCCUGCCACCAUCUGUUGGAGCGCCUUACCGAAGCCACGACCACCUCGGAGCCCGGCUGCAGCCGACGCAUCGUAUUGGUUGCAACAGUUAAAAACCUUCCCCCUGCCAUCACCAUUGCGACAGGCGAGGAACCCCAACACCAACAGCAAUCGCAGACGUCACGGACAAGUCCAUUGUCAAUCCGCGUUCCCCCUUCCAUCUCACCUCGCGUGACGACUCCUAAUGUGCCAGACGCUGCCAUUUGCAACGGUCAUGCAUCAGCAAAGACGGUAGCCUGGUUGCGUGAUCAACAAAACGGGCGCCGACAUCGUGCCCGACCGCCUGCGGCAUCGAUUUUGGAGGAGUCAGCGGCGGACGAGGAGGUGGAGAACCAGCUGCAAACGCGAGGGCCCUGUCCACCCUUCAACACCCUGUCUGCCGCCCUCACUGGGGUCUCCCCGCUCUCCUCUCCCGGCGGCGGCGGUGGCGGCUGCGGUGGCAACGCCGACGUCAUGGUAAACCAUAAUCUUCGCCGUCUUUUCCGCUUCCCCCACAUGGAGAGAAUCAGCCUUCGUGGACCUGGCGAAGAUUUGCGGCGCAAUUAUCUCCGGCCUGUGUUCUUUGAUUGGUUUGAUCCCACCAUUGCCGCCUCAAUCUCUGCCACUGUGGCCGAGCAUUCUUCGUCCACGCGUGAUAGACUUCUUCAAAGACCGCCAACUCCUCAGCCAGUAGACGAGUCGACCGCGGACAUUUUGGCCCGACGCCAACGCACCAUGACGUCUAGGGAGGUGGCGAACGCGCGGGAGACGCGCGACCGCCUGCUGCGGCAACUGCGGGUGCAGCUGCGGUGCGUUGUGGCGCACCUGGCGCGCGACCGACGCUUCGCCGUCUUCACGCGCCCCGUCCAGCCCGACGAGGCGCCCGACUACCUCGAGGUCAUCAAGCACCCCAUGGACCUGGGCACGGUUCGCGACAAAAUCGACGCUCACCGCUACACCUCCGUCAGGGAGUUCGCCAAGGAUUUGGAGCUUAUCUACAAGAACGCUCUGAACUACAACCCCCCAAACGUCCCUCGAAGUCGUGAAAUCAGAGGACGCGCAUUUGAGUUCUGGGAUGCCGCUGAGAUCCUGCUAGAAGAGAAUCUUUCUCCGCCGGACUUGGAGGAGCAAGUCGCCGAGGCAAUCGCCGCCUGUCCUAUGAGUGGUCCCCAAACUGACCAAUCAAACGAGUCCAACUCGCGAUCCCCUCCUCCACUCCCUAUUGGUCGACGGUACAGUCGACGUCUCCAUGUAAGCCCCAUUAAUGUUGUCUGUCCGUGA